AUGAAAAGGGAAAAUAAUCCAAUCCCACGCUUUCUCUUCGCUUCUCUCCUCUCCUUUCCUGCCCAGCCCAGCCUUCUUCUGGUCUUGUCCGGUUGUCCCCUCCUCGCUCUCCCCUCCCCUCAAAUCUCUCGUGGUUCCUCCGAGCAGAUUAACUCCUCGAAGCCGCCGCCAUCGCCGCCAUCGCCGCCAUCGCCCUCGUCCUCGCCGUCAAGGAAACCCACUCCGUCUCCUCUGUUCAAUAUGGCGUACUAUGAUCCUCAGGCUUGGCAAGCACCUCCUGCGCGCCAGGCCUCAUGGGAGCAUCCAGUUCAGCCCCCAUCGCGGUCAGACCCCCGUCUUACGGGAGCCUUGGCCCAGCGUCACCACUCAAUCAGCGAGUUCGGCAACCCCACCGUCCCGGGAUACUAUGCAGCCCAGCGUUUCCAGAGUCGCCCCAACGAGGUAGAGCAGAUGAUGCAGGCAAAGCGUCGGAUGGCAGCACAACGCGAGCGGGAGCUCCGCAACUAUCAUCAGGAGCAACAGUACAACCGAAGCCUGCUUGCCGAAAUGUCUGGAAACAAAUCCGAUCGCUCGCUCAGCCCGGCCGCCGCGAGUGAGGAAAGCCGUCGAGAACUUCUAGCACGCCAGCAUAGGGCUCUUUACGGAAACGAAAGCCCGGCCUUCUUCCCGCCCAACAACUUCGGCGACGAUAACUCCCGGCCCGCAAGCCAAGCAGGCGGUACUCCGCCAUCCGCUGCCGGUGUACGCGGCGCGUCUCCUCGUGGUAUUGACCCUUUUGGCCUCUCGCAGACUCCGGUUCAGGGCAACACCGAUACUGCUGGUGGAGCGUCUCUCCAGUCCCCCUCUCGCGCUAACAGCACUUCAUCUCCGAGCUCCGGCAUGAACCCUAUCUUCGGAAAAUUAGAGGGCUCUGACCAACCCCCGACCUCAACUUCCUCCCCUGGUAGGGCGGAUUCGCCCUCUUCGAGACAGGCAGCCGUCAAACCCAAUGCUGGCGCGAUUGGUUCCGUCGGCCCGAUCGGCUCUCGCCCAGUUCAGCAGUCAGGCCCUUCCCAGAUCUCCAAUCCUGCUCUGAACAAGCGCUCCACGACCCCCUUGCCAUCCCCCCUUGGCUUUGGCUUCACGUCCAGUGACGGAGUCGCUUCUGGAGCGAACAACGACCGUGCGGCCUCUUCUGCCUCCAAUCCUGUUGCCUCCACCCCCGCCACAAACGCCGGCGCGAAGGAAUCCUCCGGCGGUGUCGGUCUGGGCUGGGGCAAUGGCAGCGGUGUAUGGGGCUCCAAGGGUGGCCUGGGGGUCCAGGCCUCCGUUUGGGGCUAA